GGUCAAAAACAAAGCUUUGGGCGAUGUUAUCAAACUUGUCCCCAAAAUUUAUAAACAAGGAAAUCUGACGACUGUUUAAACUUCAGUUUCCCAGGUGUGUAUAUAUGCAAACGACGCACGACCAGAUCACCAGUUAUACGGUUGAGUCGCUGUGGGUCACUUGUAACAAGUUUGACUCUGAAAAUGUGGAACUACCUCCGCCAGCGCUGCUUGGUCGUGCUCUCCGUGAUCUGUGUGUUAUCUUUCGGUUUGGCUAAUGCCCUGCAUGGUUAUGCUAAUGUUGAAGGUCGACAAGCAGAUACCUUGGCCACAUUGCCAGGCCAACUAAAGUUUGUGCAUGUGAUAUAUCGCCACGGCGACAGAACACCAGUGGAUCCAUAUCCCAAGGAUCCCUGGGGUGACAGGAAGUACUGGUCGACCGGCUGGGGACAGUUGACCAAUCUGGGCAAGCAAGAGCACUACGAACUGGGGAAAUGGCUAAGGAACCGAUAUCAGAUUAUCCUCCCCUCUCAAUAUUCCAACGAGGACAUCUUUGUCCAGUCCACUGAUGUGGAUCGCACUCUAAUGAGUGCCCAGGCUAACUUGGCUGGACUCUACGAACCAGAAGGUGAAGACAUUUGGAAUUCCGAGAUAAAAUGGCAGCCAAUACCCAUUCAUACAAUGCCCGAGAAGGAGGAUCCCAUCCUGGCCGCCAAGGCUCCCUGUCCUGCCUACGAUUACGAGUUAGCCUCUUUGGAAUCCUCACCCGAGUUCAAGGCAAUGACCGCAAAGCACCGUGAACUCUUUGCUUACUUGAGCGAAAAAAGCGGACGCACUGUGAAGACCUUUGUGGAUGCCCAGUAUUUAAAUAACACCUUGUUUAUUGAAAGUCUAUACAACAUGACACUGCCGCAAUGGACUCAAAAAGUAUUCGGCGGAGAGGAGCUCACUUACUUAGCUAAUUUCGCUUUUGCCAUAAGCUCUUACACGCGAAAGCUGGCAAGACUCAAGGCCGGUCCUUUGCUGAAGGAUAUUUUCCAGCGUAUUCAAGAAAAAUCCUCCGGACACUUGAGUCCAGAUCGUUCAAUGUGGGUUUAUAGUGCGCAUGAUACCACUAUAGCAAGUGUUUUAAAUGCUUUGAAACUAUUUGAGCUGCAUAGUCCUCCCUACACGGCGUGUAUUUUGAUGGAAACGCGUGUGGAUGAGAACAACUCACCGCUUGUUUCCAUUUUCUACAAAAACACCACUGCGGAGCCUCUUCCAUUGGACAUACCAGGUUGUGGACCCUCUUGCCCGCUUAAAAAGCUUGUCAACCUGUAUCAGGAUGUUCUACCUGUGGAUUGGGAACGUGAAUGCAAGCGCUCUACUAUGAUGAUGACUUAUGAAGAGGCCAACCUCGGAACGGCGACGGGUAUUCUCAUUUUAAUCGUUAUUGCGCUGCUACUCACAAGCUAUGGCCUCAUGAUCUACUAUCGUCGUCGCAACUACAAGUUGUACACCUCAUACUCUCAAAUGGCCUAAACGGAUAUCUACUUAAUUAUGAAUUUAGAGCAAUGCCAGCUCUUCAAUUGCCAAAGUGAAUUGGUUUUCUUAGUGAAUCCUAUGUUGCUCUUGAUUGAAACGGCCAGUUUCUCAGACCGUUAUUGUUAAUUCUGGAUAAAACUUAUUUAAAAUGUGCAUGUCACACACAGUCUGUUGCUAUUGAUUAAUUAUUUUAGCUUAAGUUUGUGCAUUUAAUAACACAAAAGUUUAUUAGCAUUUAAAUGGAAUGAUAACGAGAUUUGUUGUUGUUCAGUGAAAGAUAUGAAAUACAAAGACUGUGAAUAGCGAUCUUGAAGUUGCAUACAUAUAUACAUAACAUAUUUAUACACAUAUACAUUUUUAUGAAAUUAUCUUGUAUGAGAAAUUUAUUGUAUUAAAAUCGCUCAAAUCAA